GCUGCAGGAGUUACCUCGGCGCCAAGAUCUCGGAGGCGCAGGUGGCCGAUGACGAGCUGGUCUGCCCGAUCCCAGAGUGCAGGACCGAGAUCACCGUGGCCCAGGUGGAGGGCGCGACUGUGGGCGAUCCGCUCUGGGAGAAGUUCUUGCAGUUCCGCAUGAACAUCUGGACGCCUGGGGCAGACGACGACAAGAUCGUCGAGUGCCCGACCUCAGAGUGCAUCAAGUUUCUGGUGCCGCGCGACGUUGAGUUCGUGCAGUGUCCACAGUGCCACGCGGAGUUCUGCGCCCGGUGCUUCCGAGGGAAGCACGAGGGCGUCUCCUGUGUCGAGUUCGAGGUCUGGGAGCACGAGAACGCGGACGUGGACAGACGGUUCGAGGAACUCAUGCGGCUGGAGCAGUGGAGGCGUUGCCCGGUGUGCCGGGCACCCUCUGAGAGAGAAUCAGGGUGCAAUUUCAUGCAGUGCAGGUCCAGUACUUGCCGGAAGCGGACGUACUGGUGCUACAUUUGCGGAAAGCAGGUGCCCAAGGAGGAACAUUACACCCACUUCCCAAGGGGGCCUUACGAGGACGAGUGCAACACCCCGCUGGAGGAGCACGUGCAGGUAUCAGCAGCCCCUCCACAAGAGGAGCGGACUGCCGCCGCCGAGGGCAUCACCAUGGCCGUGGAGACCGUGAUGGAGGUGGGCGGCGACAUGCUGGACGUGCUGCGCGGCUGGCUCGGCCCGCCGCGGCCGCCCGCCGCGCGGGGGGAGGCGCUCACGUAGCGCCCCCGCGCCACGGCUGGCCCCCCAGAGCGCGGCGCG